AUGUCUGGCUUCAUACGUCCUUUGAGAGACCCGAGGAUACCAAGGGCUCUGAGCAGACGGUGCUUCUCUGUCACGUCCAGAAAGCCUGCAGACCACGUUAGAAUUGUCGAAGUUGGUCCGCGAGAUGGACUUCAAAACGAAAAAUCCUCGAUCUCACCCGAGACCAAAAUUGACCUAGUCAGAAGACUUGCUGCUACUGGACUCAAGACCAUUGAAGCUGGCUCGUUUGUUCAUCCCAAAUGGACACCACAAAACAUCUUGCAAAAACCCCCUCAAACAGCUCAACCUAUCACUUACCAGUGGUUGUUGCCAAAUAUGAAAGGUCUUGACAACUUCUUCUCCAUCCAAGCUCAAGGUUCAGCUCAGGAGGAUUCUUCUUAUCCAACACCUCCGCCAUCUCCUGUACAUGAUUCAGGACCUGCCCAGAACACUUCUACACAGAACCCAAAUGACAUGCCUUCCGCAACUUCUGGCGCUGCUGCCAUGGCCUCAAAAUCGAGCCCCGAUCAACCAAAACAUGAAGUCUCAAUUUUCCUUGCAGCUACCGAGUCUUUCUCUCAGAAGAACACGAAUUGCAGUAUUGCCGAAUCUCUUGAGAAAUUCCAGCCUUUGAUCACCAAUGCUAGAGACAAAGGUUUCGGCGUGCGUGCUUAUAUUUCCGUUGCUCUUGGCUGUCCUUUUGAGGGGCCUGAUGUUGAUCCUCACAAAGUCGCAGAAUUAGCUGCCAGCCUUCUCGAGAUGGGAGCAGACGAAAUCUCGGUGGCAGACACCACAGGAAUGGGCACAGCGCCUCGCACGAGAGAGCUCUUGCGCACCCUCACGGCCGCGGGUAUCCGAAACGAUGACCUAGCUCUACAUUUCCAUGACACAUUUGGUCAAGCAAUAGUCAACACUCUUGUUGGGCUGGAGCAUGGUGUUCGAACCUUUGACUCUGCUGUUGGUGGCCUGGGUGGCUGUCCCUACUCGCCUGGCGCAACCGGAAAUGUCGCAACUGAGGAUUUGGUGUACACCCUAGAAAGUCUCGGUGUCAAUACUGGUAUUGAUCUGGCCGAGAUCAGUAGGAUCGGUGACUGGAUCACCAGCGAGAUUGGCAAGCCAAAUGAAAGUCGCGCAGGUAAAGCAACCCUCGCUAAGUUGAGACGGGACGCUGAGUAG